UGUGCUUGUGGGGGCGGAAGACAGGCGUCAUCCCCUGGAACCUAGGGACUUCCUCUCUCUGCUUGUCUGGGUCAACUUGUCUGUCCAUCGCUGGCCCAUCUUUCUCUGCUCCUCUCUCUCACUCUCAGCAGCUGUCUCUCACAGGCCCGCUGCCCUGCGUUUUCUUUUCCGCUAUUGCCUCCUGCUCCGCCUGCCUGGGUGGCCGCCAUGGGUCGGAAGCGGUUCAUCACUGACUCCUACCCUGUUGUGAAGAAGAGGGAGGGGCCCUUUGGGCACAGCAAGAGGGAGCUGGCUCCCGAACUAGGGGAAGACACCCAGUCCUUCAGCCAGGAGGAAGCAGAGCUGGAGCUGCUGAGGCAGUUUGACCUGGCCUGGCAGUAUGGGCCUUGCACAGGCAUCACACGGCUGCAGCGCUGGCAUCGGGCAGAGCAGAUGGGCUUGAAGCCUCCCCUAGAGGUGCACCAGGUGCUGAAGACACACCCUGAAGACCCCCGCUUCCAAUGCAGCCUCUGGCAUCUCUACCCAAUCUGAGGUACCACCUAGGUUGUCCUCCCCUUGGCACCUCCUAGCAACCAAGAACUUGAGGACAGUAGACACUGUUCAGCUCGGCUCGGCUCUGGAGAAACAUCAGACUGACUUGGGAGGUCUUCCUGGUUCAGCCUCUUGUCUGUCAAAAAAACAACUUCUGAAGCUCCUGAGGACCUGUGCAGCUGAAGCUAAGGUCCUCCAGGGCCUACUCAUGACCACCA